CAGCUGUAGACCAGCAGCCCCCGUGUUCAGUGAGUGAGUCAUGCUUUGGUGCAGAUGUGGUGUCCUUCUGGUUCUCUGCAUCUGUCCUCUAAGCUGCCUCGUGACGUCUCCCUGUCCUCCUGGCUGCUGUUGCCCCCGCCCAGGAUUCCUGGUUCUAUGCGAGUCCUUGGGUCUCAGAUCUCUUCCUCGCUCCGUCCCUCUCAGCACCUCUGCUCUAUCUGUAGCCAGAAACCAGCUCUGUAACGUGGACCACCUGCUCCGGCCGUUCUCCGACCUGCAGGAGCUGAGCCUCAGUCACAAUCUGCUGGCCCGCUUCCCUCGCGGCCUGCCCCCCAGUCUGGAGUCCCUGCUGCUGCAAGAAAACCGCAUCACUUACAUCACCUCGGGUACCCUGCGACACCUGGGGAACCUCACUCGCCUGGACCUGGAGGACAACCGUAUCAGUGCCAUUCAACCCGGGGCUCUGCAGGGUCUCAACAAGCUGAAGGUCCUCACACUGAAGGGGAACAAGCUCACGAGCCUCCCUCUGAAUCUGCCUCCAUCACUGACCCACUUAGACCUCUCAGAAAACUGCAUCUCUGUCCUGGACCUGCCCUCACUGUCUGCCCUGGUCAACCUGCAGGUCCUGAAGAUCAACAGCAACUGCCUGCGCUCAGUCCCAGAGAGCGCCUUUGACAGCCUGCCGCGACUCAGAUCUGUGGAUCUCACCAACAACCUGUGGGUGUGUGAGUGCGACAUCUUGUAUCUUUACCGCUGGCUGCUCAGCGGUCGGCUCAGGAUGGCCACCGACCUGGUGUGCUCCGAGCCGGUCCACCUUGCUCACCGCCUGCUUCUCAACUUAUCCGUCAUAGCUAUCUGCCCGCGUGCCCUGAAGCCAAAUGAGAGGACACACCAACUGGAGAUGCUGACAGUGAAGCCCACAAGACCAGGCUCAUUAAAAAACAGGAGAUAUUUGGGAAACUUCUCACAAGAAAACCCUGCUGGACUUCUUCCGAAAGACUUUCACAACACUCGUUUGUUUCUUAACCACUACUCUUUAGAGACCCUAACCUACGAGGAGUGUUUGUCCCUGAAUAAAACACAAUCAGCAGUCCCACCCCAUAUAAAAACCACUACUUCUGUCCCUAAUGAGGAACAGAAAUGCAGAGAAAACAUCACAGGUCAGCCCCCUCACGUUAAUGCAACCUCGGCUGAAGCAACACGAUCUUUGCUCUCCACAAACAGAGAGGUGCACUGGCCCACUGCCGACCCACAGCUGCUCACACAGCAACACUCUGCAGUGGUCGUGUCUUUGCUCGCUGUGCUGUGUGUAUUGGUAGCUCUCCUGAUGCUGGCAGUGCUGAUUGUACUGAGAAAGGUACUUCUGCGCCAAAUGAGGGUAGCUCCGCUUGAUGUGGGAUCUGGUGGAUGACA